GGCCCAUGAACGAGAAGAAAACAGGCCUAAUCUCCUGCGGAAAAACGUAGAUGACAAUUCGUUGAGUAAUGAAGUUGUGGCAUGUGUUUCACGGCGAUAAAUCCGUUCUUAUCGAGAGCGACAUCGUCAUCACGAGCAUUUCCUCGACCAUCACGUCGUCUCCGAGUUCGCCGAAAAGACUAAAAUUCCUCUACCAUUCCUCUCCCAUCAAACGAACCCAAAACCCUGUAAAUAACCCCGAAAACAUCGACUAGAAACUAGAAAAAAAAAUUUACAAAAACACACAAAAUGGACGCGCCUCACUUUUCUCCGAGUCUAUUAAGCGAAUUAAGUUCAAACGAAUAUCCGAAAGCAAUACUAAACAAUGCGUAUUUUGGUUCGAUACCGACAGACAAUAUUAUUAACGUAACGUAGUAUUUUUAGGAAGUAUAUUUACGCCGAAUUAUUCACCAAAAAAAAUUUGUUGAUUAAUCGAUUGAAUAGCUAUAUAAAA